AUGUCGGGAGAGAAUCAUGAGGAAGAACACGACUUUAGCUUUAAUGAGCUCAUAGAUAAUAUAUUGACAAAUGACACAGAUGAAAAAGGGGACGAUGUACAUCAUGAAAAUCAUGAUCCAUCUUCUUCAAAUGAACAUGAUAAUAUUGAAAACAGCGGAGCACAUGAACAGGAUGAUAUAGAAAUGGACGACGUACAUGAUAAUCCUCAGUCGGUACCAACUCACAGUCAUCAUGAUGAAAAUGAUGAGCUUCCUGAUUUUGAAGCCAAUGAACUUGUGAAUGCAGUUGCUAGUGCAAUGCAAGAUCUCGAAACUAAUGACAAACAAGAUGAAGAACAUGACAAACAAGAUGAAGAACAUUACAAUAACAAUAACGGGAACAACGAUGCUAUUGAUGACAAUGAACCAAUACCACAUACUGAACAUCAUGGUGAUGACAAUGAACCAAUACCGCACACUGAACACAAUGAUAAUGACGAUGAAGAACAACAGCAUAGUGAAUGGGCAAGAAUCCUACAAGAAGGUUUAAUGCAAGAUGAUACCGAGCAUGGUAUACAGUCAGAUGAAGAUCGUAUUGUAGAGGCACAUGAGUUACAUGAUGAUACAGAAUUAGGUACAGAUAAUAUCCAACAUACGAUAGAUCAACUGGAUAGAGAUGAUGAAAAUCUAAGAUUAGCCAUUUUAGAGUCUCUUCAAAAUAUCGAUGAACCUAGAGAACAACCUCAGACCGAAAUAAAAGAUACACAUGAAAUAAUAGAAUCAAAGGAGGAGAGUACGAAGAAACAUGUUGCAAAGAAGGCAUCUAAAAAGAAGAAAAAAGAGAAAUCAAAGGAUAAGAGUAUACAAAAGGAAAAGGGAAGUCCAAAGAAAAAGAAAACUACUAAGCACAAGAAAAAUAAAGACAAAUCUAAUGAUAAAAGAGAUGAUUUAAAUUUUAAUGACGUAAUAGAGGGUUUAAUGGGAGAAGGUGAACAUACAGCAGAUGAAACAAAAACGAGUACUGUGGCAACCGAGGAAAAUGAUGAAGAUGCUCGUGCUAUUGUAGAAGAAACUCUAAAGGCAUUCGAAAGAGAGUUAUUAGGAUCUCCAUCAGAAUCAGCAGCUAAAACAGCCAAGAAAGAACGUACAAAAAAGACGAAGAUAUCUCAAAAGCAUACACCGAAGGAUAAAGUAACCUCCACUAAGAAACCUGCCAAAUCUGAAUCCAAGAAAAAGAAAAAGAAGAAGACGGGCAAGAAAACAGAUAAAGCAGUAGAAGAUGAGUACAAAGAAGAUGAUUUUUCCAAAGCAUUAGUUGAUAUGGUCAAUCAAGUCGUUUCAACUUCCUUAGGAGACGAAGCAACUGUAUCUAAACAAGAAACAUCAAAUAAAGAAGGAAAGAAACAACAUUCUAUAAGUAUACCCACUUGGAACCACACACAAAUUAUACCGUACCAGGAUGAAUCCCGAGCCGAAAUAACGACAACACCUGCAGCUGAUGAACCAUUUGAUUUAAAUCAAAUUAUGCAGAACGCCAUGGCGAUGGCUUUCCAAGAACAAAAUGAUGAUAAUUUUGACCCCACGGUAAUGGAAGAGUUUAAUAAAAGUCUUGGAAACUUCAAUGUUUCUGAUUUAUUAACUACGGGCCAGGCAACGACCAAGAAGAAACCUGCGAAGAAGAAGGCACCAAAAAAGAAAAAAGCAGUUAAAUCAAAACCUGCUAAAGAAAGGAAGAUUGUACUUCAAAAAGUAGUUGAAAAGAAGAAAAAAAAACCGAAACAACCUAAACAACCUAAGAAACCUGUGAAACCAAAGAAGUCACCUGAACAAAUCCUACGGAAGAAAUACAAAGCAAUUGCGACUGAGGCUGCUAAUCUUGCCAAGAAACGUAGUAGAGUAAAAAGAAGAGAAACGAGAGCAAAACUCCUGGAGGAUAAAAUCAAGCAUCGUACAGAAAAGAAACAACAGAAGAGUGCCGAAGAUGAAAAACGUCUUAUUGAAUUAAAGGAAUUAGAAGAGAUCGUUGCUAAAGGUCCACCAUUCCCUGUCGACUUAAGAGUUACUAAGAAAGGUGUACCAAAGAAACCAUACAGAAGAUGGACUGCUGAAGAAAUGGAGAAACGGGCUCAGAUGGUUCAAGAGAAGCCCAAGAAACCUGCUAAAGUAAAGAAAGAAAAGAAAAAGAGGGCUAAAAAGCUAAAGAGAGUACCAUUAAAAACAUUAAGGAAAAUUCCAUUGUUCAAUACAGUUAAAGGGAGCCCUGUUCCUUCUAAGCUAUUAAACGAUAUCGAGGGAACUCUUUCGAAAAUCCAAUUACCUCAAGUAUCUAUUGAUCCAACUGCAACAAAAUACGGUAUCAAUUUAUCUAGUAAAACAGUAGUUUUCAAAGAAAAAAUUCCAUUCCAUCCACCUUGGUGUCUCCCUCUUCAUCCGCCAUAUAUCCUCCCUGUUGCUAAGAGAAGACCUAAAGAAAAUAAACAUUCGACCGAUCACAGACAUGAAAAGUCGAAAAAGAUUAAUGAGUUAUUAAAUGAUUCUGUUUUACGUAAUGAGAUCUUACCAAGGACAUUGGCCACAGUAAUAACGACUCUAAAGGCAGCAGCAAAGGCUAGGAUUGAGAACGGUGCCUCUCCAGAACAAACUCUAAAAUAUCUAAGAGUGAUCAUAGAACGUACCAAGAGAUCAAUUGCACAAGCAAUUUCAAAGAGGAAUAGUAAUGCAAUAAGAAGUCAAGAGAUAAAGGAGGAACAUUCGAACAGCAGUAAUACUAAGCCUAUCGGCAGUGUGCGGAAAAUACCGUUAUUUACACUAUCAAAUAUUAAAAAAAUUGAGAAAGAUGCAAUUUCUUCUGAAAGUCAAAUGUCAGUGCCAAAACCUAUAGUAGUGAAGGAAGAGAUAUCAAGUCAACUAAUAAACGUAGAAGUAGAACCAAGAGAUAUUGAUAGUGCUGCAAAUCCUGAACUUGCUAAGGAAAUAUCUAAAUCAUUAGAUGUUACAACGAGUAUUGAUGAUUUUCAAGAUACUAAAGCUGCUAACUCUGACCAAAAAACGAUUGUAGAGAAAAAUAUUCAAUCUGCUGCGGAAGUGGAAUCAAGAGCACUCUUUCUACGUGGUGCUUUACUUGGUCGUGAAUACAAGAUUGAAAGUUCUGAAAAUAGUAAAUCUUUACAGAUUACGAAGACUGCACCUACACAAUCUAAUAGGGAGGUUAUCGAAAUUAAGGAUGAGGAAAUCAACCUAAAGACUGAAAUUUCAGAACAGCGAACCCAAAAGUUAUUGCCUCUCACGAAUUCAUUAAUCCCUUCAAAAAGGAAGUUUAUUAAAGUUGAGGAUAUGGUGGAAUCGUUAGUUAACCAUGAAUUACAGACGACUGGCGGAAAUUCCCAUUUGUCACCAGGGUUAAGUAAAAUAAUUACAAAUACUAUUAGUGGCAUACUUCCUAAGGUGAAGAAAGAACAGAAGACCACAUUUAAAUCAAAUCCUGCACGAACCCCGGUUUUGAAUUUAGAUGGAUUGGUACCUCCAAAAUCAUUUGGCUUGCCUCAAAUCUCUAGAGCAAAAACGCCAGAGGUAAGACAACCUUCAAGAUCAACCUCUAUGAGAAUACCAAAGCCUAAACUGGAAGCUCCUGCUCUUAACACAUACUCAUUUGAUCUACCAGAUUUUUCCGAAUUCCCUGGAAGGAAGAAUUUUUUGAUGAAAAUAACUAAAAAUAUCUUGACUCCUGAGGAGUUGAAAGUGUUGAAUCGUGAGAUGAGCAGAGAGAGGAAAAAGAGAUGGAGGGAAGCUAAUGCACAGAAAAAUUGGGAAAUCGACUAUAAAGCAAGACUGAGAAAGAGGGCGACUCUUCUAUUUGGCGAAGGAGCUUCAGCCCAGAAGGAAGAAUUUAUUAAACAAAAAAUGGAAACUGCCCUUCGCGAACAUAUUAAGGUAUCUAACGAGAGUACACCAAUCCCGCCCAGCAAAGUUGUAUCAAAUAUAUCUGACUCUGAAAUAUUAAACAUAAUUGCAUUAUCGUUGAAGAAACUAGAUGUUGCUCGUAAGCUUGAAAGUAAGUUGAAUGAAGAGAUGAUAAAUUUACGUAAGAAAGAAGCAGAACCCAAACCUCCAAAGAGAAGAAAAUUAACGAUCAAAUAG